AUGCUUAUGCGCAAGGAGCGUCUUAAUGUUACAACGCCAGAAAUAACUUUGGCUGGCACGCUUAGCAGGGCUGGGGUGAAUGCCAGCCAUAUCCAGAGCUCAGAUAAGGGACAGAUAGGCCUUGUAGUUACUCUGAUCAGUAUCCUCGCCAUGAUUUGCAAAUACAAUGAUGAGGGGAAGAAGGGGGAGUGGCGACAGAGAGGAAGGGGCGGGGAAGAGCGGCCAGUCUCUCGGUGCAUUGAGGCUCCGGCUUCCCCGGUGAUCGCUCCGUCCGCUCCCAGCAAGGCGGGAGCAUGUCCGGACUACGCCGUGCUCUGCUCGUUCCUGGAGCGCUACGGCGCCGUGCUGGACCUGCCGGAGCUGACCUUCCCGGAGCUGGAAGAGGCGCUGGAGGAGACCAAAGCAGUGCCCAGAGCCCUGGUUGAACUUCAUUUGAAAUUAAUGCGGAAGAUCGGGAAGUCGGUCACGUUUGACAGAUGGGAGAAAUACCUAAUCAAGAUAUGUCAGGAUUUUAACAGUACGUGGGCCUGGGACAUGGAGCAGAAAGGCUACCUGGAGGCCAGCGUGGAGUGUAAAGUGGGCCUGCUGAAGCACUUGUGUGAGUGCCAAUUCGACGACAAUCUAAAGUUUAAGAACGCCAUUAACGAAGAGGAUGCUGAUCUGAUGCGCAUCCAGCCAAUCGGGAAAGAUAAGGACGGCUUAAUGUAUUGGUACCAACUGGAUCAGGAGCACAAUGUCCGCAUAUACAUAGAGGAACAGGAUGACCAGGACGGGUCUACGUGGAAAUGCAUUGUCAGGACCAGGAAUGAACUGGCAGAAACCCUGGAACUUUUAAAAGCACAAAUAGACCCGGCUUUACUGAAGAAAUCUGAGCCACAGGAUAGUACAUCUCAAGAAUGUCCGAAUCCAGAGGACGAGGAACUGAAAAAGGAGGAGGGCGGAGAGAAGCCAGAAGAGGAUUCAAAGGAAGGAAUCAAGCAGAAGUCGGAUCCCGCAGAUAAUACCACAAGUCCAGCAGAAAACGGUAGCACUGGUAAGCCUGGCGAUAAGGAGACCUUAAAAACAAUCAGUGAAAUAAAAACGGAGCCCCCCGAUGAAGAGGGUAUAAAGGCUUCCAAAGACGAAGGCGAUUCCUUUAAGGAGAACGUGAAGCCUGUGAAAGUUGACAUCAAAAGCGAAAAGGCAGACGCAAAAGACUUGAAGGAAUUAAAAGGGACUGCCGAUAAGGUCCCUUCCUCCCAGGAGCCCGAACACUCGGAAAUUUCUGUCAUCGUCAAGCGCACCGAAGAUCAUGUUGAAAAAUCCGUCGAGGAUUCAGAGAAAAUGAAAAACGACCAACAGGCCAAGAUCCCCUUGAAAAAACGGGAACUCAAGCUCCCCGAUGACUUCGACGGACCGGUUAAGACGUCGCUGUGUAAGUCCAAGACGCCUACAAAGGAACUUCUUCAAAAGGAGGAAGAGAAACCAGAGGACGACAGCACAAAGACGUCCGCUGCUCCCGCCACGGUUUCUGAAGGGAAGCAGUUGGUGAACGGAGAACUGAACGGUGACAAACCACGCAAGGCGAAGAUAGACCACGCGGAGAAUCUUAGCGCCACCCCUAGAGAAUCCAUCAUCAGCACAACAAAGGAAGAAAAUGGCAUCGUCGAGAAGAGGACUUCCAGCGUCAUCAAAAGUUUGCAUGAACUUAAAGAGAACAGCAAGCCUAGAAUCACUGAGAAUUUGGAAGAAGGCCCAAUGGACCUCAGCAAAGACAUCAUUAUUUCUUCAUCUGAGGAAACUUCUCCAAAGACCUCCUUAAAGGAAGGUUCAGCUCGGUCCGAAACACAAAAAUCCAGCGUGGACCCCAAAGGUGACGAGGAGAAAAAAGAAUCGGUUUCUUCUGUCGUGAAAGAAAAGCCAACCGAGACCAAGAAAGACUGUAAAAGGAGCACCAAUGAUUCUGAGGCUGUAAUGGAGGCCAAGGUUCCAAAGAAGCCUGCUAAAGUGUCCACGUCGGAUGCCCCUGAUGUUAAAAAGUUGCCCGAGGCUGAGAAAGCAGAGCCAUGCCCUUCUGAAGAGGACAAGAAAUCCUGCAACUCUGAAAAAGUAGAUGCGGACGGCAGUGAAGAGAAGACCGGAUCCAAGGCAGGAGAUGCAAAAAAGAAAGUAAGUGCAACUACUGCAAAGUCAAAAUUGUCCUCCUCCAGAAAAACAUCUGCGACAGCGAAGAAUUCUACGCUGAGCAAAGACAAGCCCACAGAAAGUAAAGAAAAGGAGGAGGAGGAGGAGAAGUGUGAGCCGGUGUCUUCUACUAAAGCCGAGGAGAAGGAGAAACAAGAGAAGAAGCCUUCAGAGGCAGAAAAGAAAACGUUCGGUUUGAGGAGCAAGCGGAGGGAAAAGCCGGCCGCGAAGGAAAGUGAGGACGCCGUUGCGGCUUCCGAGUCUAAAGAGCCGGAGGAGAAGACCGAGGGCAAGGACAAAAUCUCCGAAAAGCCGAGUUUACUUUCCAGAAAUAAGCGUAGGCUAGAUCCCGUGGCGGAAGAGGACAACAGCGGCCCGGAGAGCAAAGAGAUGACCUCCGAGAGGCAGAAGGACGGCAUCAAAUUGACAAUCCGCAUCUCCAACAAGAAGAGGAGGCCCGAGCUGCCCGUGGAGAGUAUGCCUGCAGAGGAUAUAGAGAACGAGGACAGUAUCGGGAGGAGGCUGAGGAGAUCUCCCAGGAUCUCAAGACCCGCCGUAAAGGCAACUGAGGUGAAAGGACGCAAGCCGGAGAAAAAGCAAAGCAGCGACGAGGAGGAGGAGGAGGAGGAGAAGCCCGAACCAGCAAAACCGGCCAGGGAGGAGAAGAAAGCGGAAAGGGAGCCGUGCCAGAAAAUAAAACCGAAGCCAAAACAAAAGCGAAGGACGCGGUGGACCAACUCCAGAUCACGACGCAAACGUAAAUCGUCCAGUGAGGAGGAGUCAGAGGAAUCAGACAGCGAGGAAGGGUCGGAGGAGGCGUCAGAAAAUGAGGAAAAAGAGGCAGGAGUUCCUGGGGAAGAUGACGAACCUUGCAAGAAGUGCGGACUUCCCAAUCACCCUGAGCUGAUUUUGCUGUGCGACUCCUGUGACAGCGGUUACCAUACGGCUUGUCUGCGGCCGCCCCUUUUGUUGAUCCCUGAUGGAGAAUGGUUUUGUCCUCCUUGCCAACAUAAAUUACUCUGCGAAAAACUGGAGGAGCAGCUGCAGAAUUUAGACGUGGUACUGAAGAAGAAAGAACGGGCAGAGAGAAGGAAGGAACGUUUGGUUUACGUCGGAAUCAGUAUUGAAAACAUCAUUCCUACACAAUCUCUUCUAUAG